AAAAUGGCGGCUGCCUCACCUCAGGGCGCUUUCUGCCCUGCUCCAAGAUGGCCGCUGGCCGCCCCUCACGCACGCGCGGCGUCCUGACGCAGUUCCCGCGCAGCGCCCUCGCCCCCCUCCCGCUCCCUCAGGCCGUGCUCGUCGGGCGGGAGCGGGCUCGGGGUCGUUCCGAGCGGAGCCGCCGGGGCAGCGAGGCCGGGCCCGUUCCGUCUCGCUUCUCGGAGGCUGCUUCCCCCUCCUGCAGGAAAAGGGCACCCGGAGCUCUCGAUCAUUUAAUCCAUUCACAGAGAUUUAAGCAGCCAGUACUUUGAAUUAAAAGGAAAAAAAAAAAAUGAUGUCAAGACAGGCCUUUCUCUGCAGUUUGGGAUCUCUGUAUUUGUCCCUUCUGUUUGUAUUUCUCCUCAUGGAUGUUUAUGCAAGGCCUGCAAAUAAUUCAGCCCUCAAAGAAAAGCCCGCUGACAGUAAAGAUGAGAAUGAGAUCUUGCCCCCAGAUCACUUGAACGGGGUCAAAAUGGAGAUGGAUGGACACCUUAACAAGGAAUUUCAUCAAGAAGUUUUCCUAGGAAAAGAGAUGGAAGAGUUUGAGGAAGACUCAGAACCCAGAAGAAAUAGGAAGAAGCUCAUGGUCAUCUUUUCCAAGGUGGAUAUAAAUAAUGAUAAAAAGAUAGGUGCCAAAGAGAUGCAGCGCUGGAUCAUGGAAAAGACAGAUGAACACUUCCAGGAAGCUGUGGAAGAGAAUAAAAUGCACUUCCGAGCUGUGGACCCUGAUGGUGAUGGCCAUGUGUCCUGGGAUGAAUAUAAAAUUAAAUUUUUGGCAAGCAAAGGCUUUAAUGAAAAAGAGAUUGCAGAGAAGAUCAAAAAUAAUGAAGAGUUGAAAAUAGAUGAAGAAACACAGGAAGUUCUAGAUAACCUGAAGGAUCGGUGGUACCAAGCUGACAACCCACCUCCUGAUCUGAUGUUGAAUGAAGAAGAGUUCUUGUCAUUUCUCCAUCCAGAGCAUAGUAGGGGGAUGCUGAAGUUCAUGGUGAAAGAAAUCAUCCGAGAUUUGGAUCAAGACGGAGAUAAGAAACUCACCCUUUCAGAGUUCAUUUCAUUGCCUGUUGGUACUGUAGAGAACCAGCAAGCUCAAGAUAUUGAUGAUGACUGGGUAAAAGACAGGAGAAAGGAAUUUGAGGAGGUGAUUGAUGCUAACCACGAUGGUAUUGUCACAAUGGAAGAGCUGGAGGAAUAUAUGGAUCCUAUGAAUGAAUACAAUGCCCUAAAUGAAGCGAAGCAAAUGAUAGCAGUAGCAGAUGAAAAUCAAAACCAUCACUUAGAGCUGGAAGAGAUCCUGAAAUACAGCGAGUACUUCACAGGCAGCAAGCUUAUGGACUAUGCACGUAAUGUCCAUGAGGAGUUCUGAUCCUGCUCGCUUUUCCAGAGCUCUGAAGCACUUUCUUGUUUUCAAAAAAAUAAAACCCCAGGAAAAAAAGGAAAAGAA